AAUAUCACCCUCAACAAGGUGAGGGACACUUUCACUACAGCUGUGACAAAAAAUGUGAUUGUUGUGGCCUUGUACAUCUCCAUCAACUACAUCAAUGGCACACUGGUGCAUACUUUCUUCAAGCAUGAGGUCUUCAAUGAGAAUCCACGUUACAUUCUCUUCAUUCACAUGGUAAUGAAUGACAUGAUACAGCUCACCAUUGCUGUGUUUCUCCAUGUCAUUAGCUACAUCCUGUUCACCAUCAAUGUGUCCUUUUGCUGUUUUCUUCUGAUGAUUGCUGUUUUCACGACGCUCAACACACCACUAAACCUAGCUGGCAUGGCUUUAGAGCGUUACAUUGCCAUCUGCAGACCACUGCAUCAUGCACAGAUCUGCACUGUACGACGGACCUAUGCCCUCAUUGGCCUUAUUUGGGUAAUGGGCGCCAUUCCUAUUCUCCCUGACCUCUUCAUUUUGCUGGCCACAGAGCCUCUGCAGUUCUUUCACUCCUCCAUCUUCUGCAGUCGUGACUCAGUGUUUCGUCACCCAUAUUUGGUGGAGAAGAAGAACAUAUCUCACAUGGUCUACCUGACCUUUGUCUGGCUUACUUUGGUCUACACCUACUUCAGAAUCAUGUUUGCAGCAAAGGCGGCACAUUCCGAUGCCAAGAAGGCACGGAACACCAUCCUUCUACAUGGUGUGCAACUCCUGAUGUGUAUGUUCACCUACAUUGGUCCUCUGCUUGACAGCUUGCUCAUGUAUAUUUUCCCCAUGUUUUUGCUGGAGAUGAGAUUUACCAGUUAUCUGAUAGUGCACAUCUUACCAAGAUUCAUCAGUCCCAUUGUUUAUGGGGUUAGGGACCAGGCCUUUUGUAAGUACCUAAAAAGGUAUUUGCUGUGCACCAUGCAUAAAGCAGGUGGUGGAGGUUAUGGGACUAAGGGCUGCUCCCGUCACAGUACUCCCCCUCCUGGACUGGACUGUGCUUUUCCCAAAAGCUCAGGGCAGGACAAUCUAAAGUAG